GUGCCCACAAAAUUUCAAAAACCCCCUCAGCUUUUCUGCUCUAAUUCCUCCCAUUUCCGCUCUCUAGGGAUUUUGAAAAUGGAUGGACAUGACACUGAAAAUGCUAAGCAAAGUACUGCCGACAUGACUGCAUUCGUGCAAAAUCUUCUCCAGCAAAUGCAAUCUAGGUUCCAGACAAUGUCAGAAUCCAUCAUUUGUAAAAUUGAUGAGAUGGGAAGCCGAAUUGACGAGUUAGAGCAGAGCAUCAACGAUCUUAGAGGCGAGAUGGGUCAAGAAGGAGGGUCUCCAUCUCCUUCAGCUCCAGCAAAGAGUCGGGAAGAGCCCAAGUCGGCUGAAGAUAGCUAAAUGCUAAUGCAACAAUGGGUGUGUACAUUUCCUCACUGAGCAUCCUAAACCUAUUAUUGGUUGCAGUAUCACUCUUAUCAACCAGUAUCUCUACUGGAUCUUAAAACUUUCAUUCGAAAAUAUUUGGUUUGUUUGUUGUGACACCAAUUUGAUGCAGUGCUUUGAUAUAUAAUAUCUAUUGAGGGACA